UCAAACUUGAUAAUACUCAUAAUAUGAUCGACCAGAACCGCCAAAACGCGCUGUUUGAUGCAACCACCCUGAACGUUAAUUUGAUUGAGUUGUGCGAAGAGGGUAAGCUUGCUGAAACUUUGGAACUCAUGGGUCAAGGUUCUGUUGCUGAUUAUGGUGUUUUUCUCGCCAUGUUGAAUUUGUGCAAGGGUACGAGGUCGCUUGAGUAUGGGAAAUUGGUUCAUGAGUUCUUGAGAAGAUCGAGGUUUCGAGGGGAGGUUGAAUUGAACAAUAGGUUGAUUGGAAUGUAUGAAAAAUGUGGUAACAUGAAUAUUGCACUCAAGGUGUUUGAUCGAAUGCCAGAGAGAAACAUGAGUUCUUGGCACUUGAUGAUCAUUGGAUACACUGAAAAUAGAGCUGGUGAUGAUGCUUUGUUGGUUUUUCAGGAGAUGAAGGAGGCAGGGAUACGGCCUGAGAGUGAAAUUUUUGCAUUGGUUUUGGCUGCGUGUGUAAGGGAAGAAGCUGUAGAGGAAGAUUAUUGCACUUUGAAUCAAUGAAGGAGUAUGAAAUUGUUCCCACCAUGGAGCAUUACAUGGAGGUCAUUAACAUUCUGGGUAAUGCCGGUCAGUUGAAUGAAGCUGAGGAGUUCAUUGAGAGUAAGCCAUUUCAG